GGAAAAAGCGACGGGAGGGAAGACCAUGGAGGGAGGAAGCUGGAUGUAUUAGCUAGUUUGCUACUUUGGGGUACUUUUCCUCUUCUUCCAGUUUCACCUGUACAAAUCUUCAUUGUGGUGAUAUCUGGUGUGUAUUUUAUGUGCUGGGAAAACGUCUCACAUUCCCUGAACAUUCAGCAUUCAACGGAAGUCUUACCGCGGACGGUUAGCACAAACCGACGAAAGUUAGCCUGCUCUGGCUAACUUAGCCUGUCUCAGCUAGCAAGAAAGGACAAAAACGGGCUAGUGGAAAAGGAGUUAAGGCUAAAAGAGGCGCUGCGGCGUAAAGUAACUAGUAAUGUUGCCUCCCGGGAUUAACUUCAGAUACGGAUGAGAAAGAAAUUGGCGACUGGGGAACACCGUGAACAACUGCGAGCCAGACGGCCACUGCUAUGUUGGGGUUGAUUCACGGCUCUGGCAGUCCGCCUGAGUCCCGAGGUUGGCCACACUCGGUGCUGUGGAGGCUUGGGGGCUUCUUCUUCCUCCUGCUCCUGGAAGGGGCCGGCUGCCUCGCCAGCCCGAGCAGCACUUCAGGCGUCAGCAACGACCACACUAGUGUCAACAUAUACAUGAGUGUGGAGGAGGUGAAGAAGCUUGUGGGCCUAGAUGCGGAGCUCUACUAUGUGCGAGACAGUGUGGUGAAUCAUUAUGCUCUCUCCUUCACUCUGCCUGUGCCCAGUGAGACCAACAGCCUUCACUUCACAUGGCAUUCAAAGACAAAGGUUGACUACCGGCUGGGCUUCCUCAUGGAGAACCCCGUUGCCAUGAACCAACCACAGAGCAACAUCUCCACUCAAGGGGAGGUGCCCCGUGUUCCCUCUGUCUUUAGAGUGGACCUCUUCUGUUCCGGCAAGGUAGAUGGAGAAGCUGUUUUAACAGUGCAGCUCAACCUGACCAUCCAUGCAAACAACUACACAGUGCUCAACUUCAAAAGGAGGAAAAUGUGCUAUAAAAGAAUAGAAGCUGACCCAAAGAUUCCCAUUCCUCUCAACAAUAACACUCUUCCACGGCCUGACUUAGAUGGUGUGUCCACCCCCACCACCUCCACCCAGGUGUUCUAUAUAAGCGUGAGCGUCUGCUGUAUUGUCAUCUUCCUCGUGGCCAUCAUCCUGGCCAUACUGCACCUGCACAGCAUGAAGAGAGUGGAGAUGGAGGACAGUGUGAGUGACAGUGGAAGCUCGCAGGGCCUGUCUCAGCCGUCCACCCAGACCACACAGUACCUGAGGGCUGACACUCCAAACAACGCUGCCCCUGUCACCAACAAUCACCCUGGUUCUGCACCCAUACUCCAGCUUGCUGUCUCCUCCUUCCAAAACCCCGGUGCUCCCCCUCAUGAAACCAAAAGCUACCCAUCUCUGCGCAUAGAGAAGAAUGACCUGAGGAGUGUUACUCUAAUGGAGGCAAAAGCUAAAGUGAAAGACAUUGCCAUCUCAAGGGAGAGAGUCACACUACGAGAUGUCUUGCAUGAAGGUACGUUUGGCCGCAUAUUCCACGGCGUGCUGCUGGAUGAAAAGGACCCCACUAAGGAAAAGCAGGUCUUUGUGAAGACAGUGAAAGAUCAUGCGUCUGAGGUGCAGGUGACCAUGAUGUUGACUGAAAGUUGCAAGCUUCGUGGACUUCAUCAUAGAAAUCUGUUGCCCAUAAGUCAUGUGUGUACAGAAGACGGAGAGAAGCCCAUGGUGCUUUUGCCUUUCAUGGCUUGGGGGAAUCUCAAGCUGUUCCUACGGCAGUGCAAGCUAGCUGAGGCUAAUAACCCACAGGCAAUUUCUCAACAAGACUUGGUUUACAUGGCCAUCCAGAUUGCAUGUGGAAUGAGCUACCUGGCUCGCAGGGAGGUCAUACACAAAGACCUCGCUGCCAGGAACUGCGUCAUUGACGACAACAUGCAGGUAAAGAUCACAGACAAUGCCCUUGCCCGAGACCUAUUUCCCAUGGAUUACCACUGUCUGGGGGAUAAUGAGAACCGGCCCGUCCGCUGGAUGGCCCUGGAAAGCUUACUCAACAACGACUUCUCUAGCGCUAGUGAUGUGUGGGCCUUCGGAGUGACGCUGUGGGAACUCAUGACUCUGGGUCAGACCCCCUACGUCGACAUCGACCCUUUUGAGAUGUCGGCCUACCUGAAGGAUGGGUACAGAAUAGCACAACCUAUCAACUGUCCAGAUGAACUGUUUGCAGUGAUGGCUUGUUGCUGGGCCCUGGACCCAGAGGAGAGGCCCAAGUUUCAGCAGCUUGUUCAGUGUCUCACAGAGUUUCACGCAGCGUUGGGCGCUUACGUGUGAAAAAAGCAGUUUUUUUUGCCUUCUAUUUUAUUUUUUUCCCAGCAACACUAAAGGCUGGUGGACACUAUUCAUGAGGAAUACAUGUAUGAAAAUGUGCCUUAUCAGAUGAAAGAGCAGACUCAAUCCUGAUGAUUUUAUUUUGUACAGUUCCUUUGGAGUUUUUAUAUAGUUGAAUUACCUUUUUACAGCAUAGCCAAGUAAAAGGAUUCUUUUUUUGUUCAUGUGCUUUGAAAGCGUCUAGAAAUGGCAAUGAUCGUGCUCAUCCCUUGCCAAGAGGAUGGAAACAAUGGAAAGAUAUCUGUACAGCACAUCAACGUUUAUGGACCUUUAUGUGCCAUUUGACACAAUUUCCUAAGCUUCUGACCACCUGGUUUUACAGACAGUAUUUCCUACAGUUUUUCUAACUUAGUGAAACACUGUAAAUUGUAGAUGUGUUGUGGAUGUGAGUAACCCUACAGCAGAAUGAAUUUAGGUACCAAAGUAGACUUAAGGGCUUCAUUUGUAUGUGUAACCAUACUCCCUCAAACAUGCUGCGUCACUCUGUGAUGGUAAGCCCAUGCUCGGUACGAGACGCCGCUUGGAAAGCAGAUCUGUAUUUGCUGAGAUGAUUUCUGAGAUCUUUACGAAUGGUACACCAUUUCCUCUGAAUGACGCUAAAAACUGUGCCACAGAUGAGUUUCCUUUUCCUCGUGGAUCAGACGUCUGCACGCUACAGCUUGUACAAGAUCAGCAUCGUAAAGCUAUAUGUAGCUUUAUAUGAACAGGACUGAAUUAGUUUCUGAAUGCCACCUUCUUCCUCUUUUUGUACAUUUGAUUUUCAACAUCACAACUUCUAAACAGAAUCAACAUUAUGCUUCCCUUUUAUAAGCUUGAUUGUUCUGCGUCAGAACACAGCCCUUCACAGGAUUGUUUAACAGAUUUUUUGUGAAUAGCUAGUACACUAAUAAUCACUGUGAACACUCAAAACUGCCUACCGGCUUGGUCUAAUCUUAUUCUCACACCUUUAACAUCUUUGUCAUGUGUCUUUAUGGUCACUGCAUGUUGAAUUAAGGUUGUAAACCGCUUCCCGAAUUCAUAUCCACAAAUUAAAUGGAAUCUUUUAAAUGUAGAAUGUCUACUUAAUUUUACUUAAUUUUAUUUUUCCACAUCAAAAGCAGGUGUGUCAGUAUCGCUCACUUGUUGUGCACUUAAAGCAACAGCGCUCCUCGUUGUUUAAGAGAAGAACACCUGAUGCCACAGUUGAAUGUUUUGUCUGUUUAGCCUGCAAAGCUUCAAACCAGAGAUGCCUUUGCUGUUCAAUCAUACCAAACAUCCAGUGUUAAUAGAAAAGAAUAAAGGCAUUUAUCUUAAACUAUUAA